AUAGUUACAACAGUUUUUCAGAAACAUAGUGCCUCCAUUUUUAGGUUAGAACCAUGAGCAUAUCCCAGAAGGCGGUAAUCUGUGUUUACAUGUUACCCAGCAGAUCUUUAAUAUUCUAAUGACGGUAGUGUCACAAUAUAAUAUGAAAUUUUUGCCUGAACUGUAUUUGAAUGACCACUGUUUUCUUAUGCUAAUUUUGGAAUGAGUAAAAGGAGCAGAAUCGUAAGAUUUUCUCCUGAAAAAGCUGAAACAUAUAAAAUAGCGUUAAAUACGGCUAAAUAUGUGCAGCAUUGUGUCAGGCAGCUCAUCUUUUUACCGAUUAAGCUCUCGGCAGUGACUGGCAAUUUGGCAACGCUAGCCUGAACGCUGGAGACAGAUGGUAGCAUAAUGCAUUCGUGACGUCACGGUGGCAAUGUUGCAAGGCGAUAACAUACAGUUGUACGUUGCUGUUAGUAUUGGAUCAUGGAGAUCGCAGGUGGUGAAGUGGUUUUUACUUCAUGUUGAAUGGGCAUUGGUCGAAGAUGUUCAGGGUUUGGUGUUUUCUGUUUUGUAGGCCAUAAUUAUCUUUCAUACAAAUAGCGGCCUGUUCCUGGUCACUUAUUUCAUUUUAACUAGCAUAUUAUUUGUUUGCCAUCGUGUACGAAAUUAAAUGAGGUAGGAUUUUACACCUUUGUCAAUCAUUCCAAAAGUUAGGUUAACCAGUCUACGAAACAUGGAGUGGUGAUAAUGAAUAUAGAAAACAAUCGAUUGAGGACGUUUGAGGGCUGGCCUGCCAAUGCAGCAGUGGAGCCCCAGCGAAUUGCCAAGGCGGGCUUCUUCUCUACCGGCCGUGGUCUGGAAGUACAGUGCUUCUGCUGUGGAGGAAAGAUCUCUGAAUGGAACUAUGGGGACCAGGUGAUGGUGCGGCACAGGGCCCUGGACCCUCAGUGCCCUUUUGUGAAGAAUCCCACUCAGUCAGGCAACGUUCCUAUGAUCCCAGGAGAGACACCUCAGCCUUCCACAAGCAGCGGCGAGUCAGAUGGAGAGAGGCCUGCAAGAUCAACUGUAGGAAACGCAGGAUCAUGGGACCAAGGGAUGAUGUAUCGCAGUGAGGCUGCUCGGCUGGAGUCCUUCCGCUCCUGGCCAAUUUCUUUCAUAGUGGCACCAGAACGACUUGCCAGAGCUGGCUUUUUCUACCUCCAGCAGGGUGACAAGGUGCAGUGUGCAUUCUGCUCAGGUGUGUUGAUCAACUGGGAGGCAGGUGAUGAUCCCAGCAAAGAACAUCGGCGCCACUUCCCCUCCUGUCCACUGCACUUUAAUAUUCCUGUUGGUAACAUUCCCCUGGGUGAGUCUACUGAUGGGAUGCAGCAGUACCAGAGUGCCCACAGGAACAUCACUCUCAGGGAACUCCGACCCUUCUCGGGUCCAGAGAGGAAUGUUGUGUCAGAGGGCAGACUGACCAAACGGGAUGACAUGUCUGAGCUGGGCAUCCAGACACAUCAUGGCCCAAGGCACCCCAAAUACUCAACAGUAGAAUCUCGGUUACGAACCUACACAGACUGGCCGUCCGACACGUGCCAGACACCUCAGCAACUUGCCCAGGCUGGGUUCUACCAUGUUGGUACAAGUGACCAUGUGCGGUGCUUCCAUUGUGAUGGUGUGCUUCGUCACUGGGACCCCGAGGAUGACCCCUGGACUGAACAUGCUAGGUGGUUUUCACGAUGUGGGUAUGUGCGGCUUGUUAAAGGGGAUGAGUUUGUGCAGCAAGCCAUUGUCCAACGCCCCCCAGUACUUCCUGCAUGUGAAGAAAGGGAUGAUAAGACAACGGCUGUGGUGGAAUGUCCCCACGUUCGUGAUGUCACAGAGGAAGAGCUCCAAGGUCUGAUGCAGACAGCUGCAGCAUCUGCAGCCUUACAUGUGGGAUUAGAUGUAUCAUGGAUCAAGCUGGCUCUGCGUCGUAAACUGGAGCAGACUGGCUUGCCGUUCACAACACCCGACGCACUUAUUGAGGCUGCACUGCAGAUCCAAUUGAAUGAAGAAGCAGCUGACACAGCAAGCAGCAGCAGCAGCAGCAGAAGCAGUAGGGUGGGAAGUCCCUCAGAUGUGCACAGCACAGACAACAUUGUCAUGAACGCCGAUACAGAAAUCGAAGGAGAGGGGCAGGCCACGCCACAGAGUAGUUCCUCAUUAUACACGUCUCGUUCGAUGCCCACCCUAUCAGACCAGCAGCAGGUGCAGCUGGAUGGAGGGGAGCCACUCCCAGAGCAAGCCAACACCAAGAGCAUGCCACACCUGCCCUCUGCAGGCGAAAGCAGCAACAAAGCCAAGGUUGGUGGUGCAUCGCCAUCUCUUGAGGAGGAAGUUCGGCGGCUUAAGGAGGCUCGACUGUGCAAGAUCUGUAUGGAUGAGGAAGUGGGUGUAGUGUUCUUGCCAUGUGGGCACCUGGUGACCUGCGUGAACUGUGCACCCAGCCUGAAUGACUGCCCUGUGUGUCGACAGCUCAUCAAGGCCACUGUGAGGACUUUCCUGUCAUGAGGAUUGCUUCAGUUUUGCCAGCCUGCUGAUCUUGUACCGGAUGCCCACCACCGCUAUGAUGCUGUCCCUACUUCUGUGGGCUCGACGUCAGCAAUACUCCGCUUCAUUCCAACAUUGAUUCUCAUUUGUUUGUUUUAUAUGGCAGAUCUGGAUUUAUAAUCAUAAUUGCAAUUCAUAUCAGCAGUUGGCAGAACUUUUCCUUACCACUCAAGUGAUUGUGUGUGUGUGUGUCAGUAAGUCGUGAUUCUCAGAAAGUUCUUGAAUCUCAUAAUUGUGCCCAUGUUUGUGCACAGAACAUGUGCAGCCUGUCUUUCAGUUUAAGCUUAGAAAUAAAAAGUGGCAGCGAUAGGCAAUUUAGUGUACCAGCAACAGUCAGAAGCCCAAGUCCCACAUUCUGUUUCUUAUUUUCGGGUAGAUUCCCCCUUCCUCUCCCUGUUCAUUGAGAAGAGUAGCGGUUGUAGAGUGUAAGCAGUGUUGCCAUACUGAAUUCAGAUCAUUAGUUUGUGCCUUGUCUGUGUGAUCCAAGUUUCUGCACAUCCUGUGGCAUGUGUUCACUGUCAUGUGUAUCCAGUUCAGCAGUGGUUUUAUGCCAGUCUGUAGUUUUGCAGAAGGGAAUAUCAAGGAGGGAAGGAAGUGGAAUUUCAGGUCAAACCUCAUAUAUAUUUUUUGGGGGGGUGGGGGAUUCUUAUCCAUUUGUGAGACAGUAAUUAAUAUUACAAACAGUUUAAUUCUUUUACAUUCACCUGCAGGAAUGACGUGGCCUGACACUGUGGACACCAUAGAAAAGAAAGUGGCACAGUUACAUGUUUUAUGGAGAAACAGUUUGUGUAAUUGGAGUUCCGUUUGUUGCCGAUGAGGUCACUUUGGGUUUUGUUCUUGUAUGAGAUAGUGACAAGCAGUUACUGGGGCAGUGCUCAGUAGGGGAUGAGGCAGGAUGAGUCUAGCUUCUGUUUGCUGCUCUGAGUGAGCCUAUGAGAGGCAAGGCAAAUAUUGAUCACAGUGAAGCAGUCGCUUAGUACAUGAUCUGUCAUGUCCAUAAUGUAGGAGAUGUGUGUGGGUUUGGAAAUGUUGGGUAUAUGAGGGGCACAUCUAUGACGUAAAAUGUUUACUCGAGUCUUUUCUAUAUCUGUUCAAUGUUUAUUUAGUGCACGUCACCACCAACAUGUAGCCUAGCUAUGAGGCAUGUUCCUAUCAGACCUCAUUAAAUGCAGUCUCUGUUUA